CGCUGACGUAAAGUGGGGAGUGCACAAUCUGAGGAGAUACAUAAACUCUUUGACGCCGCCGUUCCUUCAAUCCAAAGCUUCCCUGAAAUUCUAGCGGUCGUUUCUUGUAUUUGGAAAUGGAUAAUUCCCUGCCUCUGUUGUCCGAUAGUGCCGAAGAUGUGGCCACGUCUUCCAGCUUUCGACAGUUCCAGCUCCCACACUUCCACCUCGACCUGGACGUCGAUUUCCAGCAGAAAAAAUUGCGGGGAACCCAGACGUUGCAGCUGAAAUGCAUCCAGGACUCACAGAAAGAGCUGCUGCUUGAUAUUCACCCCUCACUUGGGGUGCAAGAAGUCUCGCUCAGUCACGGGAAAGACUCGUCGGAAUGGGUGAAAGUGGAGUUUCUUACACGAGAUUUUUCAAGUUACGGCUCGACACUGAUUGUUAAAUUCCUUUCGCCGUGGAAAAGCGAAGAUGAAUUCCGCGUAUCGAUCAAGUAUGAGGCUACGGACGGACCCGGGAUGUCGUGGCUGGAACCGGUUCAGACAUCGGAGCGAAAGCAGCCGUUCCUGUACACCUGUGGUUUCCCGGUCCUCAACAGAAGCGUGUUCCCGGGCUUCCACACGCCCCGGGCGAAGAGCACCUACUCGGCCGCGGUGCAGGUGCCGGAGGGCUUCACCGCGGUCAUGAGCGCCAACAAGUGGGAUCGCAGGAAGACGGACAACAGCUUCCUGUUCACCAUGGAGCGGCCCAUCCCCUCUUACCUGGUGGCCCUGGCGGUGGGGGACCUGGUCUCCGCUGAGGUGGGACCCAGGACUCGGGUGUGGACGGAGCCAUGCCUGUUGCAGGAUGCCAAGAAGGAGUAUGAUGGGGUGAUCGAGGAGUUCCUGACCACAGCUGAGAAUCUGUUCGGACCGUAUGUGUGGGGAAGGUACGACGUGCUCUUCAUGCCGCCCUCCUUCCCGUUCGGCGGCAUGGAGAACCCCUGCCUCACCUUCGUCACGCCCUGCCUGCUCGCCGGCGACCGCUCGCUAGCCGACGUCAUCGUGCACGAGAUCUGCCACAGCUGGUUCGGCAACCUGGUCACCAACGCCAACUGGGGCGACUUCUGGCUGAACGAGGGCUUCACCAUGUACGCCCAGCGCCGCGUCUGCAGGGAGCUCCACGGUGAAGCAUACACCUGCCUGGAAGCCGCUACAGGGAUGGCGCUGCUGCGUCAGCAUAUGGACAACUCCGGGGAGGAUCAUCCACUCAACAAACUGCGCGUCAAAAUCGAGCCGGGUGUGGAUCCUGACGACACAUACAACGAGACGCCGUAUGAGAAGGGCUUCUGCUUCGUGUCCUACCUGGCUCACCUGGCCGGGAGUCAGAGCCGAUUCGACGCCUUCCUCAAGGCCUAUGUUGACAAGUUUAAGUUCUGCAGCGUGAUCGCAGAGGAUGCCUUGGGGUUCUACUUGGAGUAUUUCCCUGAGCUGAAAAAGAAGGGAGUCCAUAAAAUCGAAGGUUUGGAGUUUGAGAAGUGGCUGACUGUGCCGGGCUGGCCGCCCUACCUGCCGGACCUCUCCGCUGGGCAGGACCUCAUGGAGCCGGCCGAGCGGCUGGCCAGCCUGUGGGGGGCCGAGCCCCUGGAUCUGGGCGCCAUCUCUAAGGCGGACAUCCGGCCCUGGAGGACCUACCAGACCGUGUACUUCCUGGAGAAGAUCACGGAACUGUCCCCUUUGCCUGGAGGCAACAUGGAGAAGCUGGUGGAGCAGUACCCCCACAUCGUCAACUCCAGCAACGCAGAGCUGCGUCUGCGCUGGGCCCUGAUCGUGGUGAAGAACCAGUACCGGCCCGGAUACCCCCAUGUCCGGACCUUCCUCCGCUCCCAGGGGAAGCAGAAGUACACGCUGCCUGUGUAUCGAGCUCUGCAGAGUGGGUCGGAGGAGACCAGAGCCCUGGCCACAGAGAUAUUCUCCGCCACCUCGCAACAGCUCCACGCCAACGUUCGCAACUACGUGAAGAAGAUCCUCGUCUGACUGCUGCCGAGGAAACCAAAUGCAGCACGCACACACAAAGCGCAGCGCGCUUACCCUGCCCGCCAGACGCACUCCGGCUGAACCGCCAUUUUAUAUUCACGAAGGCACAUUUCCAUGGCAAUGUUGGGGUGUAACGUAUCCAAUAAAAUGGAAAAUGAUUUCUCA